AUGGUCCAACAUGCUGCGAACGGACAUGCUCAAUGCUCUUUUCGCCCCCUGCGAUACAAAGCAGAAACUCGAGGCCGGGUUGCGCGCUCAACGCGCGAGCGGGUUUUGCUUCGUUGCCUUUUUGAUAUGAGACUCGUACAUAACGUUUAUGACUCUUUCGAGGAUGCUAUAGGAAACACGCCGCUGAUCAAGCUAAGGCGUGCCUCCGAGCGGACUGGCUGCAACAUCUAUGGUAAAGCCGAAUUUAUGGAACCCGGCGGAUCUGUGAAAGACCGCGCUGCUCUCUACCUUCUCACCGACGCUGAAAAGCGAGGGACGCUCAAGCUCGGCUCAAUUGUGGUAGAAGGCACAGCAGGGAACACUGGUAUCGGUUUAACGCUAUUGGGAAACUCCCGCGGGUAUAGAACGGUGAUAGUUAUUCCAGAAACACAGUCUGAGGAAAAGAAAGAGUUUCUCCGAUCCUGUGGUGCCGAGCUCGUGCAAGUUCCAGCUGCGCCAUACAGAAACCCGAACAACUACGUACGCCUGAGCGAGAGGCUAGCCAAGGAACUUGGUGCAUUCUGGGCAAACCAGUUCGAUAACCCUGCAAACCGCAGAGCUCAUGAGGAAACUACCGGUCCAGAAAUUUGGGAUCAACUCGAUGGUCAUAUUGACGCGUUCAACUGUGCUGUCGGCACUGGCGGCACGCUGGCGGGGGUCAGUGCAUUUUUGCGCGCAAAGAAUCCUGGCAUUAAAAUUGCACUAACGGAUCCGCAAGGGGCCGCUCUCGUGCGAUACUAUCAAUGCGGAGAGCUCGUCUCCGUCGGCGAUUCUAUUACCGAGGGCAUUGGUCAAAGUCGAAUUACUGGGAACCUUGAAGGAUUCGUACCAGAUAUGAGCUUCGAGAUCAGUGAUGCAGAGGCACUGCAAGCAGCUUAUGAUGUCGUGCGGCACGAAGGGUUGCACAUUGGCCUCUCAAGUGGUAUCAAUAUUGCCGGCGCGAUCAGGGUUGCAGAGAGUCUCGGCCCUGGGCAUACCAUCGUGACGAUCCUUUGUGAUGGCGGUUCUCGCUAUCAAAAGAAAAUGUUUCAGCCGAGUUUUCUCGAGCAAAAGAAAUUGCCGAUCCCUACCUGGUUGUCGGAUUCCAUGAAACCAGAUUUGGCUGCUGCGCUGUCUAAAGUGUAUGUCCCCUGA